AUGGGGUUUGACCAGGUCAUCACACCUCUUAUUGCGGGUACUAAGUACCUUGUCCACCCGCAAGCUUUGGGGACCGUUUUUGAGGCAAUACCGAUUCAAGAAAUCACGCCUGUUGUACUCGUGGAUGCAAAGGGAGUGCAAGAGAGCAUCGAGAAACUUUGGCAGCAACUUGAUCUCUUUCACCAAGCAGACGAUAUCUACUCCGAAGAGUUCGCCCAAUCUGUCGUACUGACUGGCAGUCCGGAGGAAUUGGACCAUGGCAGGUCUAACUUGCAGUCGCAAAACCUCUCUUCCGUAUACACGACCAGUGGAGUUGACUUACCACCGGGCCCGUACUUCCUUCAUGGCCCCAACAUUCACCAGGCCUGGCGCCUCUAUCCAGAUGACCUUGAUGCUUUCAUCUUCGGAGUGAUACCUGAAAAUGUCCUCCAACCUCAAAGGUUCAAGACUUUGAGCUCUAUAGCAGAUGAUGGCAUCUGGAAGGAGAUCGCUGUUCCCAGUCGCCUUUACUCGCGUCCUUCCCAAAAUCGCCCGCUUGCGGGUGCUCGAGUGUGCUUGAAGGAUAUUUUCCACCUCAGUGGAACCAAAACAACCAUGAUGAGCCGGGCGUACUCAGAACUAUACCCUGAAGACGAAAAAAGUGCCUCAUAUGUCCAGAAGUUAAUUGAUAAAGGGGCCAUCGUAAUUGGAAAAACGAAGAUGACCCAGUUCGCAUCCUCUGACGAGCCUACUGACCAGUGGAUCGACUUUCACUGCCCAAUCAACCCUCGCGGAGAUGAAUACCAGAGCCCUUCUGGAAGUUCAUCCGGCGCUGCAGCUGCACUGGCUGGCUACUCCUGGCUAGACUACUCGGUUGCAGGAGAUUCCGCUGGGAGUGUCAGAGCUCCCGCAACAUGCAAUGGGCUGUUCUCUAUCAGGCCCUCCACAAACUCAACAUCCAUGGACGGCAUUAUUGUGAAUUCACCUCAUUUCGAUGUUGUGGGAUUGUUCAGCCGCAGCUUGACAGAUCUCCACCAUGUCAUCUCGAAUACCCUGGAUCUGAGCGACAAUUCUACCACAUUCCCAUCAAAAAUUAUCUACCCCUUGGACUUUUUCCCUCAUAGUAAUCCAAAACAUCAGGCCAUGGUGGAAGAAUUCAUUGAGGUCUUGGAAGACUUCUUGGGGACCAAACGUGUCGAAAUCAGCCUUGCUGAAAGAUGGGAACAAUGUCCACCGUCAGAGGCAAACGGAAAGCCACUCAAGGAGUAUUUGUCUAAGAGCGCCUUCUGGUCAAUGUGCCACGACUAUUAUCACGGCUUCGAUGACUUCCGUGCGCGCUAUUCAGAGAAAUACGGCAAACCUCCCUACGAAGGCCCUGUUGUGAAUUUCAGAUGGGGGAUCGGCAAAGAAGUGACGCCGGAUGAGUACAAAACCUACCGUGAAGAGCUCAAGAUCUUCCAAAAUUGGUUCAACGAGAAUGUCUUCUCUCACGACCCCAGCAGCAUGAGUGAAGCCAUAAUGAUUAUGCCAUACGGAUCUGCCAACCCAAAAUAUCGGGAUUCACCAAAUGAGAACCCAUCGAGCUCUGGGACCAUAGGGGAAAAAUUCAUAUCUCCUGUCCUAGAAAUGCCUCAGCUCGUUCUUCCUUUUGGUCAAAUGCCCUACCAUUCGCGGGUCUCAGGACGCCUUGAGCACAGGCCGAUUGGGAGCACAAUCCUUGGAGCAAAGGGUAGUGAUCUCGUGCUGAUCAAACUGGCCAAUGCUGCUUUCCAGGCUGCAUCGUGGCCCACAACCAUCGCCACGGGUCGAUACAUGUAUCCUCUCGGUGACAAUAUUCGUAAUGUUGCUCUCGUUGACAAGGAUGUCUCCAAAGACGAGGUUUUGCACGUCCAGACUCCCCUCAGCAUGCUUUAA